GUCGUUUGGGUCCGAGGGGAAACAAGCAUACCAGGACUAGCUUAGUGUAACGUGGACGUAGCAGAACAGCUGUGAAGUUUAAAAUCUGGCUUAUUUGUAAACACAACUUAUUUAAAUAUCUUCCAUUGUCUUCUCACACCUGACAACACCCUCAACAGUGAGGUAAAUCUGAGCAGUGGAGGUCAUCGCUCCAGCUCACCUCCAUCAACAUGCCCUACGUGGAGUGGGCUGAGGCUCAGCUCGCAGAGAUCGAGCUGCUGACCAGCAUGUUCCCCACCGUGGAGGAGCUGGAGCUCACAGACCAGCUGGCGGUGGCUGAGCUCAGGGACUUUGUGGAGGGGUCGGCCUCAGCACACAGCCCCCCUCGUCCCCACAGACCCCAGUUUCUCAUCAAGCAGAGGCUGGACACCGCAAACACGGCCAUGACGGACGUCAUUCUGUCCUGUGCUUAUCCAUCUGAAUAUCCCAGUGUGUUACCAGAGAUAACAGUCCGGUGUGCUGGUCUCAGUCGGGCCCAGCAGACGCAGCUCCACACAGCGCUCAACGCACACCUCGUGGAAAACUGCCUGGGGGAAGUGUGUGUGCUCUCUGCGGUGGACUGGGUGAAAGACAACCUGCAGCUCUUCAUAAGUAAGAGUUUAACAGCAGCACCGGCCCCAAAGAAAGAGGCGCCUCCCCGGACGGAGGAAGUGUUCACCCGACUGUGGAUCUACAGCCACCACAUCUACAACAAGACGAAGAGGAAGAACAUCCUGGAGUGGUCCAAGGAGCUCGGCCUGUCGGGGUUCAGCAUGCCCGGGAAGCCUGGAGUUGUGUGUGUGGAGGGGCUUCAGUCGACCUGCGAGGAGUUCUGGUCCAGAGUGAAGGUUCUGACAUGGAAGAAGAUCAUGAUUCGACACAGGGAGGAUAUUCCCCUUGAUCGUCAGUGCAAGGACAGCAGGACUGGGGAAAGUGUGGAAUCCUUGCGCAAGUUCACAGGCUUUGAAGAGGCCAUGUUCGACCCCCAUGGGAACAGAGGGAAUCACAUGGACCUCGGGCAACUCUACCAGUUCUUAAGCGAGAAAGGCUGUUGUGACGUCUUUCAGAUAUAUUUUGGCAUUGAAGGGAGGUAGGGGUCAAACUUGGAGCCUUGCAUUUGCAAGUGCUCGUUUAGUUUUAUGUGUGUUACAUGCUCACAAAUGCAAUCGUGAGCCCGUGGUCACAUGUGCCUGAUAAACUGAAAUGAACGAGCCACCUUUUUAAUGGAGAGUUGCUCAGCUGUUCCACCGGGGACCUCAUUGGAAUAAAAGACAGAAACAACAUCUCUGCAAUCCUGAGACACACGGCUCUUGCUCUUUGCAGCUAAUAGGCAUAUUUUUCAAAAAUAAGUAUUAAAAAGAUGUUUACCUGAGCAUUUUCUCAAGGACCUCAGUUCAAUUUGCAAUUUUAAUACUCCUAUGUGCCACAGAUCACAUCUUGCCCCAGGUGUUUCUCCCCUCAAAUGGCACCACUGUGUAUUGCUACCAGGCUAUUACAGGAUUUUCAGGUCUGAUACUGCAUUAGUAAUUGGACAACAUAGUCAACAAUAUGUUGGGUAUCUGUUUAUGAAAUCUGUUGAUUUUCUUUCUUCUUAUGAAUUAUAGAUAAAACAACCGCGGAAAGACUUUCUCCAAUUUUCUUGGAAUGAUUAUCUGAUGAAUUGUGCAGAUUUGUGGAUUACACUCAAGCAAUUAAAAAAAUCUGGGUAUUGAA